AUGGCAUUUCUACCAUCCUCAGCUAUUGUCUACUUCCUUGCAAUCUCCCUCCAGGGAUUUGCUCUCCGUCUGGGACGCCAUGCGGUGGGGCUCAUGGGCAAGGGCCAGCACUCGCUAGCGGCGAGAUAUUACCUCUUGGUAUAUCUCUUCUGUUGUGUUACCGGCGCCUUGGCCGUGGUUGCUUGGACACUCAGUAAAAUUGAGGAAAGCCAAGCCGAAUUUCACGAUGGCCCUUUCAUCCCCGAUGCCGAACAUGUCCCCGGACCCGGCCCUGAUGCUCUGGCUUCCAAUGGCCAGGACUGUUAUACAGUUCUGGACACGGCGCAGCCUGGCAUUGGAAGUGGAAGCGCUGACCAUGGCUAUUGCGAUUGCUCCCCUGAUGCCAAUGCCAAUGCCAAUUUAUGGAUGAUGAAGCUAAUUGCAAUUGUUACAUCUGCUCAGUUUGUUUCCUCUCGCGGCAACGAGUACUUCUGUGAAAUCGAUGAGGACUAUUUGACCGAUCGUUUCAACCUCACUGGCUUGAACACUGAGGUUUCCUACUAUCAAUAUGCUCUUGAUCUCGUGACCGAUGUUUUUGACCUCGAUGCCGAUGAUGACCUCCGCGAGCAAAUCGAAAAGUCCGCCCGCCACCUUUACGGCUUGGUCCAUGCCCGGUACAUCGUUACCACUCGCGGUCUCGCUAAAAUGCUUGAGAAGUACAAGAAGAGCGACUUCGGCAAGUGCCCUCGUGUGAUGUGCGAUGGCCACGCUCUGUUGCCUGUGGGCCAGUCCGACAUCCCCAACCAGAGCACUGUCAAACUGUACUGCCCUAAGUGUGAAGAUAUCUACAACCCCAAAUCCUCUCGCCACGCAUCCAUCGACGGCGCCUACUUUGGCACCUCCUUCCACUCCAUCCUGUUCCAGGUGUACCCUGCCCUCAACCCCGAGAAGAGCGCCCGCCGUUAUGAGCCCCGCAUUUAUGGCUUCAAGGUGCACGCCGCAGCUGCGCUUGCUCGCUUCCAGGACGGCAACCGCGAGGAUCUGAAGUGGCGUCUCGCCGAGGCUGGCAUCAACCACAAGUUUGUCGAGGACAGUGAUAGCGAUGAAGAUGCCUUUGAAUAUGACGAGGAAGCCGAAGCUGCCGAGCCAGCCAAGGCCGAGCGGGUCAUCGGCGACGCCGCAUCUGGUCGCAUGGAUAUCGGCAACUAA